AUUUUUCUUACCUUUUAUGAAUCUAGACGGAGUGAAGUGAGUUCUUAGUUCCUUGUUUCUCACAGCUUGAUGAUCAUAUUUCCGUGAUUCUGCGUCAAACCUUUUUCAAAGUUUUGGGGCAAGCGUCGGUCGAAGUAUGUCGUCACUUCGAAUGGUGGAUUGAAACGCAGAGAAUCGGGGCGUCCUACCUGCGGUCAUAGAUAGUCGAUUUUCUUUGUCUCGUUUUCCCCGACAUGGCCGACGGCGGGAGUAACGGAUGGUGUGGAGACGGCGGCCGUGAUUGCGGGAAAAAGGCGGCCGAGUCGGAAGACGACGACUUGAGCGAGCUUUUGGACGCCUGGAAACGCGGGUUGUAUUCAUCCCUACCGGAGCCGUGUCGGUUCUGCGCCGGGUUUUAUGGCCCGAACUUUGGCGAACCCGUGUGCGCCACCUGUCACGCGUUCGUGUACCCGCGCACCCCGGAUGACGAGCUGGAGGGAUUUUGCGAAUCGUCCAGUGCUGCGUGCAAACCGGAAGAUGAUGACAGUGGCAAUGAUGAACCGGAUCCGGAUGCUGCACUUUCUACUACUAAGCAAAGUACAUAUCCGUGCCAAGACCAACAGCGUCUUGUCCGUGGCUGCGUGUAUGGCGUGUCUUGUUUCCGGAACCAACCGGUUUCUCAAGUGCCGACUGCCGCCGUCCUGACGACGCCGAAGGCAAUCGUGAAGAAGCACCGGAAGCAUCCGAACCAUCGCCGAGCGGAUUCUCUCGUGGACCAAAUAUCCUUGCUUACGUGUCCGCGUCCGAUGUCGGAAACGAGUGGGACUUAUCCUUCACUUCCGCCUGAAGUCUGGGCCAAGGUUUUCUCCUAUCUCGACGAUCUCAGCUUGUGGAACUGUGGUCAGGUGUGUCAAACCUGGCGAGGGAUGCUUGCUCUUGACACGUGCGAGUCAAACGCGCGUUGGAAGCAGCGGUUGUCGGGGAUGUGGCCCGUGGCCAGGUCCCGCGGAGGAUUCCACAAGUUUUGGUGGGCUUCUUUCGGGGCCCUAGUCGAAAGUUCCCCGUGCCGCAAGUGCCUUUUUCAAAUGAGUGAGGAAAUCCGUGGGGGACACAAGCCCCAGAAUCACGACCACUGCUAUGAGAAAGACCUGGACGCCGAAGAGGGCAGUGUUCGUUGUUGUUCGCCCGGCCAGCCUCAGCACCAUCACCACGCACACCACCAACCGCAACACAGUCUGCACCAGCACCACCAGUACCACCACCCCCAAGGAUCCUCGUCGGCACCACUAGCUGCAUGCGGAGGCGACUCCUCUGACGACCUGUGCGCAGAAACCUGGCGGUCCACGCGACUACGAAUGGAGAUGAAGAUCUUGGCGUAUGAAAGCACCGAGGGCAUUCAAGCCAUUCCGCUCAAUGCAAGCAAAAGCGUGUGGCAAGCGUCGGUGGCCGGUCCUCGCGGGUCUCCUUAUGAGCACGGCACGUUUUUGCUGGUGAUCAAGUUGCCGCGGUGCUAUCCGUUGCAGCCACCGAUUGUGCGGUUCCUCACGCGGGUGUUUCAUCCGAACGUUUCUCGGCACGGGGACAUUGGCGUGGACUGCAUUCGGCACAAUUGGACAGUAGCGCUCUCCAUUUCCACCGUCCUCUUGUCCAUCCAGAGCAUUUUCACUGAUCCCUACACGGAGGUGUGCAUGGAACCGGCAAUUGGUCGUCUCUACAAAGAAAACAACAGUCUGUUUCAAUCCAUAGCCCGUUUCUGGACGCGGAAAUACGCGUCACACCACAUUAAGGGCAUGUUACCGGGAAACCCGUUCGGACGAGCAUCUGUUACUUCCCGGGAUGCCUCUCCCGAUUAGACUUCUUUUGUACGACUCGAGUAUGGGUUCCUGUUCCUUUCUUGAAAAAAAAAACUCGUCUUUUUUAUUUUCAUUCGGUACAAUUCCCCCUCCCCAUAUGUGUGCUGUGAGACGGGAUGAAGGCUGCUUUGCAUAAAAAGGUUGGAGGUUCAAAUGCCCACUUUUAAAAAUGUAGUACAGUACAGUAAUUUGAUACUCGUUCUCAGGUUCUUGGUCUACCUCUUGCUUUUAUGUUUCUUAUUCAUCUUGCAUGAAUUAUUUCGUCUUAAAAAAAAGAAGAUGCCGUAUGAACGCGUGUAUGAGAUCAUUUUUUUGCGCUCUGAAGUGCUUCUGAAAUAUCGGUUAUGGCCUAUGCUAGAAAGUUUGCGACGUCUGGGUACAGGUUGAGCUUAGAGUUUACCACUUGUCUUCCUGGAUGUCUUCAAACAGCACUUCGUUGGCAUGAGGCCUUUACCUCCAGGCACGUGAAUUAUUCUCUUACUUUUUUUAAUUUACAGGAUUUAUGCUGACAUGAAUCUUGCCAUGAGGACAUCACUGAGUAUUCGAGUCUUCACGCUUGGGAUUAAUCAGAUGAAAUAAUGUAGUAUUGUAGUGCACAAUCUGAUGCUGAAUCCUUGGGGUAAACUUUACUCCCAAGAUUUAUCUUUUCAGUGUAUGAUCUUUGUGCAGAUUAAAUAAUUCGCAUUAAUAAUUAAUUACGAAAAGGAGCGUUUUUAGCCACUCGGGAAAUUUUUACAUUUUUUCUCGUUCGAACUCGGAGACUUUUUAUAAAUGAUAAUUUUAGUAUAUUUUCAGAUAAAGUAUUUUUAGCGAUGUGAACGAAUAGAAAGUAUAACACUUGUUGGUGAAAGAUCUUGAUUUGAAAAUUUGAAACGACGAUUUAAAUCUCCAACCUUGAUUUGUAGCUGACCCGAUCCCUGUGACGUUGAAUAAUUAACGCGAACGAUGAGUGAGGUGGCAUAUGCUUUGGGGAUUCCAUUUGAAUUUGUCUACGUCCAUAGAAAUUGCAACUGUUUUUUUUUGUGUCUUUCAUAACGCUUUGCGUGUUGCUUAUAGUCCAGGCAGAUCUUGUUGAGGAAACUCCUGUCCUUCUACUGCCUGCGCAUAUUCGCACGGCGUUGUGUCUCGUGUCCGGCGGCCGGGCUCCCGUGUCGGAUGCAUUCUUCGGACGGGAAUAGUUUUUCUGCGUCUUCCUCGUGGAUCAAGUGCUGUUUUAUUUUUGCAGAGGCGAUUCCGACCGACGGGGUGCUUGCUUUUACUUGGCAUAGUUAUAAUAAAGAACUACCGGGGGUGAACCCGAACGUC